AUGUCCGGCCGCGCAAGGCCGAUCGAGAAGUUCGCCGCCGCGGCCGCAAAAUGUUCCGUCGAGGCCUCCGCAUACGGCAAAUGCAUUCUGGCAGACUACCAAUCAACGUACCAGGACAUGUGCGCGAAGGAGUUCAUGCGCCUGAAGGAUUGUUAUCUCGUAAGUUCUCCGUACAAGUACUGA